GUUCGUAGACGGGUAUCCCCUAGAUAUCGAACGAACUAACCCUAGCUGCUUCUGCAACUUCUUCGCUCAGAAAUGGCGACGUUUCCAUUGAUUCAGCGUGCUCGUACAACAAUGCUUUCUUCCUCCUUCAAGCUUCGGACACACCUUAUCCAUGGCAACCACUACACCCAAACCCUAACCACUAAAUUUCUAAGCACCUCUGCUCUUCCACACCAUUAUCAAAGAUUCCCUUCCCACCAAAACCAACAGCAGUCACCUUCUGAUCCUACACACUUACAGCCCCAACAAUGGCAGCAUCAGCCUCAACAUUUCAAUCCACAGACCAAUCAAUUUCUUCACCAUAACCAUCAACCUCGUCAACAUAAUGUGCCUCCUUCAUUUCCAGAACAUGGCCAAAACCAUAAUCAGUGGAAUCCUCAAUCCCCAACCCAUCAAAGCCCUAAUUUUCAAACUCCCACUUCUCAAAAUCCUAACUUACGCCCAUCCACUUCCCCCAAUCGAUGGAACAAUCAAAACCCUGCUACCUCGAAUCCGUGGAGCCCUAGGACUCAGGGGUUCCCAAACCCUAACCAAUUCCAAAACCCUAGUAACCAGCUGAACAACAAUCAAACAUCUAUUCAAGGACAAGCAUCCCCUGCUCCUCCACCGCCACCUCCUUCAAUCACUGAUUUUGCACUUUUGUGCAAGGAGGGUAAUGUUAAAGAAGCAAUAGAGUUGAUGGACAAAGGGGUCAAAGCUGAUGCUGGUUGCUUCAAUCUUCUGUUUGACUUGUGUGGCCAAUCCAAGUCCCUUGAAGAUGCUAAGAAGGCCCAUGACCACUUUCUGCAGUCUUCUUUUAGGAGUGAUCUCAUGCUCAACAACAAGGUGAUUGAAAUGUAUGGGAAUUGUAAAAGCAUGACGGAUGCUCGUAGGGUGUUCGAUCAUAUGCCCAGCAGGAAUAUGGAUUCUUGGCUCUUGAUGAUGCGGGGUUACGCAAAUAACACCAAUGGGGAUGAAGCCUUGCAGUUGUUUGAGCAAAUGAAUGAACUGGGUUUGGAGAUUACUUCAGAGACUUUGCUUGCUGUGUUGUCAGCUUGUGCCAGUGCAGAGGCUGUGGAGGAUGCUUACGUACAUUUUGAGUCAAUGAAAAGCAAGUGGGGAAUAGAGCCUGGGGUGGAGCACUACAUGGGGCUUUUGGAUGUUCUGGGACAAUCUGCAUAUCUCAAUGAAGCUGAGGAGUUUAUUACCAAAUUGCCAUUUGAGCCCACUGUAACCGUAUGGGAGAAACUGAAGCAUUAUGCUCGGGUUCAUGGAGACGUGGAUCUUGAAGACUAUGCUGAAGAGUUGAUGGUUAGUCUUGACCCAUCAAAGGCUGUUGUGAAUAAGAUCCCCACGCCACCUCCGAAGAAGUAUACUGCAAUUAGCAUGCUUGAUGGAAGGAACAGAAUUAUUGAGUAUAAGAAUCCUACUCUUUACAAGGAUGAUGAAAAGUUGAAGGCCUUGAGUGGGAUGAAAGAUGCGGGAUAUGUUCCUGAUACAAGAUAUGUUCUUCAUGACAUUGAUCAAGAAGCAAAGGAGCAAGCCUUGCUCUACCACAGUGAACGUCUAGCAAUUGCCUAUGGCCUUAUUAGUACUCCACCAAGAACACCUCUUAGAAUCAUCAAGAACCUUCGUGUCUGUGGUGACUGCCACAAUGCCAUCAAGAUCAUGUCCAGGAUUGUUGGGAGGGAAUUAAUUGUUAGAGAUAACAAAAGGUUUCAUCAUUUCAAGGAUGGAAAAUGUUCUUGUGGGGAUUACUGGUGAAAUCUUUACUUGAAAUCUUCCAGUAGCAUGGAUAUAUCAUUUUCUAUCCCCUUAUACCGGAGAACAUCUGUAUUUAGAUAUUUUGAUAUCAUUAUAAUUAUGUUCUUGAUGCUAAGAUGUUAUCUCUUACAACAGAAGAUCAUUACCUUUUGUAUGAUGUAUUUCAGGAUGAUUACUUUUGUUAUUCCUUUAACUUGGUUGGUAAAUAUAUUUAAAUAUGGUUGCAGUUGGCGAAUGAAAAUGUUAUAAAAUUAUUAGAAAAAAGGGUCUAAUUCAAAGGUUAUAGAAUUCUUAGAUUCUGUUUUAGCCUCUUGGAGGUGUUGUUAAUACCCGAUCUUUUACAUAAAGAUUGUCAUCUUUUUAAUCUUUAGUUAAGUAUGAUUAGGGAAAAAAUGAUGGAAUUUAUAUGUUUUGCUUUCAUAUUUCUUUUUGGGUUGUAAUUCACUGUUAAGAAAUUGACAGAAUGGUGGGAUUAUGCUGCAGGAUUAUUCAAAGGGUGUGCGCUUGGAAGAGUUAAAUUUGUUACUGAAUCAAACUGUUAUGGUGGGAUCUCAUCCCAUAUUAAUCAUCUGAUCAGUACUUCGAUUUUUUUCUGUGUUUUUUUUCUUUGAUUACUGGCAUCAAUUACAUUCCUAGAAGCGUUCUUCUUUUUUGACAUCUGCUCUUCAAAUGACCAGCCUGGCAUUUUGAAGCUAUGAGAGCAGUUUGGCUGUGAAAUUUGUACUGCUAAAUUAGAUUCUGAUGAAUGGGAUCUGAUUUUGUUUU